GCUCUCUCUGUGUGUACAGGAAGCAAAACACCCGGUUGAUUCUAUAUCGGAGUGGGAGAAGGGACCUUCUGACGUACCUAGGGGAGGAGACACGUCACCAGGGGGAGGAGCUACGGCCGAACAAAGUACCCGAAAAGUACGCUAGCCACGCUACUAAAGGUAAUAGUUGGUGGCGUGGAUAGGGGAGCAACAGUCCCGCAGGCCUAGCUCCUCCCCUUGUGUCGUGGCUCCUCCCACUGACGGGAAAGGUCCCUUAGGCCACUUGGAUCUAGCCUCAACCAUGGAGUAUCGCUGCCCUGCUGUUGCGGCUAGGUGAUCGGCAUGGAUAUCCUGAGAGCGGAGAUAGCGAGGAAGAGGAAGCAGCUUGAGCAGAAGGAGCUGGUUGGGGAAAGUAAGAAGUAUUUUAAGCGCAGUGAACUUGCUGAAAAAGAAAGAGAGGCUUACCUUGAAAGAUGUGGGUGCAAGCCUAUAAAUGAGAUGGCAACACGAAAGGUGCAGAAGCCAGAAGAAGAAGAGAAGCCUUCAUCAUCAAGCAACCCUGUGUUAGAGUUAGAGCUGGCGGAAGAGAAAUUGCCUAUGACGCUUUCCAGGCAGGAGGUAAUCCGGAGACUGAGAGAGAGAGGUGAGCCCAUCAGACUUUUCGGGGAGACUGAUUAUGACUCAUUUCAACGUUUACGAAAGAUAGAAAUUCUUGCACCUGAAGUCAACAAGGGAUUAAGAAAUGACCUGAAGACCGCUUUGGAUAAAAUUGACCAGCAGUAUCUCAAUGAGUUGGUCGGUGGUCAGGAACCAGCGGAAGAAGAUACACAGAAUGAUUUGAAAGUCCAUGAGGAAAAUACCACAAUUGAGGAGCUUGAGGCUCUGGGCGAGUGUCUAGGACAAGGCGAUGACAACAAAGAUAUGGACAUCAUUAAUAAAGUACUAAAGUUUCUCUUAGGAGUCUGGGCUAAAGAUUUGAAUGCAAGAGAAGAUUAUGUGAAGCGCAGCGUGCACGGGAAACUGGCAAGUGCCACUCAGAAACAAACCGAAUCUUACUUGAAGCCACUCUUCAGAAAACUGCGUAAAAAGAAUCUUCCUGCUGACAUUAAAGAGUCAAUAACAGAUAUUAUAAAAUUCGUGUUACAAAGAGAAUAUGUGAAGGCAAAUGAUGCCUAUCUUCAGAUGGCUAUUGGCAAUGCUCCUUGGCCUAUUGGUGUCACUAUGGUUGGUAUCCAUGCUCGUACAGGUCGUGAGAAGAUUUUUUCCAAACAUGUGGCUCAUGUUCUGAAUGAUGAAACACAGAGGAAAUAUAUUCAGGGAUUGAAGAGAUUAAUGACUAUUUGCCAGAAGCACUUUUCAACCGAUCCUUCAAAGUGUGUGGAAUAUAAUGCUUUGUGAAGAGCAUUUAGUAAAUGCCUGUUUUUUUGUCUCAUAAUACAUGUACAUCUAAAUAAUUGUCAGCUGUGGAUUACCCCCACACAAACACCUGAACUCCUCUGAUUGGUUGCAUUUCUGUUUUAUAGAUAUGCCUAAUAACAUUUACCCCAAAACACAUUUGUGACACUGCUAUGCUGUUGGCUGCAAGUAUUAUUUUAACAGGGUUUUUUUUUCUUUGUUUAUUUUGGUGUUUUUUUUCUUCAGUAAAACAGUUAUUUUACCUCCGCGUGAAAUAAAUUCCUUUCAAAACUUCCUUCCUUAA